UGAUUUUGAUGAAUUUUUGAAAGAAGGAUGGGCAUUAAAGGAUAAUCAAAAAUUUGGAAGCAAAGGAGCUGGAGAAGGUGAAAUAGGUCAAGAAUCAAUUCCAAAAGUAGAAUCUAUACAAAGUUGA